AUGCUCCCCCGCACUCAUUCGCUUCAGUCACUUGUGCACAACGUACGCCAGUGCCAGAACGACAGCGACCAACAUCACGCCAAGAGUCACACACACACCGACGAUCCAACCGCUUGGCUGCAUCCAUGGCUAAAACUACGCGGCUCCAAGAAGCCAGCAGGGGCUGGCAACGCGGUCCUGUGGUGCAUGGGAGCGAUGGCGGCGGCCGCAACACCGGCAAUCAUACCUCCCACCACCACACCUUGCAACUUGCUCCUUCGCCUCCUCCCGGUGCUAAAGCAACGCUCCGGGCACCAGGUGUGGUAG